AUGCGAUUUGAUAUUUUGGUGCUUUUGGGGUUUGCCAAAUUUUUUGUUGCGGCGCAGGACGAAAUUGAGGUGAGUUUUUUCUUUUUUUUUUUUUGGAAAAAAACGAAUUUCAAUUUUUUACAAUAAAACCAAAAAGAUUUUUUCUUCUUCUAGAUAGCUUCUUUUUUCUAGAUAGCUUCAAUUGCACAAUGUUCGAGUAAUAAAGUGGCGUGUGGUGCCACAAUUUAUUCCUAUCCACUUUUGGAAGCUAGUGAACCAGACGAUUUGUCGGCCGAUUUUUCGGGUUAUGGAAGUGGAGUGGUGCCGGUUUAUGAUGAAAUUUUAACGGUGAGAUAUUUUUGGGAAAGGUUUUAUAGAAUUUUGGGUGGAUUUUGAAAGGACCUAGGUUUAGGCUUAGAUUUUCUCAAAAAAAAAGUUGGGCUUGAAAAAAAUGAAUAAUUUUUUUGAAAUCUAGGAUACCUUUUCAACCGGAUAUAGGGCUUCUCAAAAAGUAAUCUCAAAAUUUUGAAAAAUUCUGAGAUCAAGCGGGACCAGAUUUUGGCUAUGUAAGCUCAGAAGUUCUAACUCACAAGUAGGCUUCUUAAAAAUGUGCAUGAAAAAUAAAUAAUUUAGGCUUCCCGGAAAACUAAUCCCCAAACUCCUGUCCAAAUAUUUUCCCUGUUUCAAACUCAUCCAAAUUUCCUUCAAAAAUUAUAGAAAAUAUUUCAGCGCGAAGUCUACGAUUUAAAUGGCACUCCAACCCAACACAACUUCACAAUCUGCUCUUGUCCUGAAAAUCAGGCAUGCGAUUUCGAUUCAGAAGAGAAUACUGUUAAAGUUGACUAUGUAAGUGGAUCCCUUAAAAUUUCAGCCUAAAAUUAAUUUUUUGCAGCACGUCACUCUUCGAUUUUGCAAUCUAUCAACAAUCUACAAUGGAUGUAGUCGAAAAAGUCCGAGUCAGGUUCGAGUUAUCGGAAAUGCUCAAGAAUCAGGUAAUUUUUCAUUUGAACCCAAAAAAAAAAAGUUGCUGAAAAUUGAUUGCAUCUUUUGAAUGCAAAAGUUCACGAAUGACUGACUCAUUUCACAUUUAUUUUGAUUUUAUUUUCUUUUUCUUUUAUCACACAACAAAUUGAUGAUGUAAAAUAAGUAUGUGUCACAACAAUUGGCAAAUUUUUGACAAAACUCAAAACUCUCAUGAUAUGUAUUUUGAAAAAGAAAAAGAAAAAGAAGGAGGAUUUGGUUUUGGAUUGAUUGAUUGAUUGCUUGUUUUCAAAUUGAACAUAUUUAUUUAUUUUUGAAAGAUUUACUUGAAAAUAUUGAAUUUUUCAUAGGAAUUUAGGGUUUCAUUCAAGAAAUUGUGGAUCGAGAUUUUUCUGGAACUUUCUUAAGCACACCCACAAAACUGGGCCACUAGAAAAAUUCGUCCAAAAAAAUCUCGACACGUGGAAAAAAAUUGAAAAUUCACAGUUUCAAUUUCGGAAUUUUCGGUUUUUUUUUGAAAAUCCUGAAACAUUUUUUUUAGUUUUCUGAAAAAUACAAAAAUUUUAAGGAAAAAAAUUAAAAUGAUCAAAAACGAAACCCUGUAAUGUCAUUAUUUCUAGGAAAAUCUCAAAAAUUGUCAGAUUUCGAACGAAAAUUUUCCCAAUUUUUUUUGCAGGUGACAGUGUUGUCUCCGUUUCAAACGCAAUGAUGUUUUGCAAUUGUCCAACUGGUUUCAAAAGAGACAAAGUGGAAAAUUGGAUUGGAACCGAAGUUUCGCUAAAUUACAAGUGUCUUUAG